AUGCCUUGCUCUCCAAUCAUCACCAGGGUGACAUGCAAUCAGGAUUUGCUGGAACCGCUCAACCUGGGGAUUGAUGCCACAGCCCAAGCGACAAAAUGCCAAGAGAAGAAGGAAUUACAGAGUCUCAACAGCAAGUUUGCUUCUUUCAUUGACAAAGUCCAAUUUUUGGAGCAGCAAAAUUUGAUGUUGAAGACAAAGUGGGACUUCCUGCAAGAGAGGAAGUGCUGCAAAAGCAACAUGGAGCCCAUAUUUAAGGAGUAUAUAGCCAGCCUGAAGAAAGAACAGGAGUGCAUGGAAUGUGAGAGAGCACAGCUACAGGCAGAAAUGAAAAACUGGAGAGGGGCUCUGGAAGUCAACAAAAAAAAGUUUGAAGAGGAGUGCCACAAACGAACAUGUACUGAGAAUGAGUAUGUGUCCAUUAAAAAGGAAGUGGAUUGUGUUUUCAUGGACAAAUCAGAAAAGGAAGCUAAAGUGCAGGCUUUGAUAAAAGACCUCUUCUUUUACAAACCCACUUUUUAUCAGGAAAUCCAUGAGCUUCAGUCUUGUAUCUCAGACACCUGUGUCACAGUACAGAUGGACAACAGCCGAGGUCUGAAUAUGGACUGUUUUAUGGAGCUAUAUCGGCGUCAAUUUGAAGAAAUCUCCUCAAGGAGCCGGGCUGAGGCUGAAGCAUGGUGCCGUUGUCAGUAUCAGGAGCUGAAAACUACUGCUGCCAAACACUGUGACAACCUACGUCAUGUCAAGGAAGAACUUAGUGAGAUAACAAGAGUUGUUCACAGGUUGGAGUCAGAAGUUUCAAAUGUCAAAGCCCAGCGUGCCAAGCUAGAAGAAGAGGUGGCUGCUGCCGAGGAACGUGGGGGCACUGCUGUGAAAGAUGCCAGGUGCAAGCUAGUUGAGCUGGAAGAUGCCCUACAUAAGGCUAAGCAGGAUAUGGCUUGCCAAUUACGGGAGUAUCAGGAUCUAAUGAACAUGAAGAUGGGCUUGGAUAUAGAGAUCACUACAUACAGGAAGCUGCUGGAUGGAGAGGAACUAAGGUGA